AGAACAAAACUGAAUUAAAUAAUUGCAAAAGAGUUUAUAAUUUUAGAAAAGAAAGAAAGAAAGAAAGAAACGUUCAAACCCUUAACUUACGGUACGACCCCUAAUGACACAGUUGUCAAAGUCAACUUCAUUCUAGACCAAACAACACGCACAUUUCUGAUCAAACUUUUGACUGCAACCAACCAAACUAACCGGCCGGCACUCUGUGGUUAUAAAUAAAUUCCAACAAAAAUUCAAAUCAAAACCAACAAAAUGAAACUAUGGAAGAGAGCUUCCGGCGCGCUAAAAGACCGAACAAGUCUUCUCAGAGCCAAUUUGACUUCUCGGUCUAUGCUUCGCAACCCGAGUAUAGAAACCGCAGUCAUCAAGGCUACCUCCCAUGAUGAAUCCAUCGUCAAUUACCGCGCCACUCAACAUGUUUUCACAUGGGUGAGGAUUUCUGACGAAUGUUUGUAUCGUGUGUUGUGGGUCCUGUUUCGUAGGAUGAAGAGGACCCACAACUGGGCAGUGGUGUUGAAGGGACUCAUGCUCUUGCAUGGAGUUUUUAGUUGUAAGGUUCCCGGGAUUCAACACAUCGGACAGUUACCGUCUGAUCUGUUGAAUCUUAAAGAAAAGCGUGGAAAUGUAAACGUGUUUAUCCAUGCUUAUUAUGCUUUUCUGGAUCAGAAAUCGACCUUCAUAUCACUCCAUUCACAAGAACAGAUGAAACGUUCGGUGGCUUUUUCGGGAGACGAAACAAACGAAGAGCAGAAACGAAUGUUGAUGAUACAAGAUUUGAUUUGGUUACAAAAACUCCAAGGCUUGCUUGAUUCAUUGCUCAGGAUCCAACCGAAAUCGAGUCAAACGGUCAAUGUUCUUGUUCUUGAAGCCAUGGACUGCCUCAUGAUUGAGAUUUACGAUAUCUAUAGCCGAAUUAGCAUAGGGAUUGGAACCCUUCUCAUGAAGAUUUACCCUGUGGGAAAAAACGAGGCUGUAAUUGCCUUGCCGAUUCUGCAGAAAGCAAAAGUUCAAGGCGAAGAAAUCUCGAUGUUUUUUGAGUUUUGUAGGGAUAUCGGGGUCGGUAACACCUCCGAAUGCCCCAAAAUGGAGCAAAUUCCAGAAGAGGUUGUUCAAGAACUCAAAGACAUAAUUAGUGGAGAUUUAAAGCAACCGAGCAUCGAAAAUUUUCCAAAAGAAGAGGUGAAAUCGGUUAUAGUUGUAACCAACAAUUCAAUAUCAAGUUUGAAAACCGUAAUUACCGAUGAUUGGGAGGUUUUUGAAGAGCAGAAGAAAUCAAAUCCCGCGCUGAUUUCUCCUCCUGUGAAGAACAACACCACUUUGCCAGAUCUGAUUAGCCUUUAAUUGUUCUCAUAUGUAUGACAGAACUUACACAGUUUGUUAGUAAAUAACUCCUAGAUAACAAUUAUGGAAUAAAAACAUUAUGAAACAUAAUCUAA